UGGGGUAUACCACUGCGAGUCUUCGAAAUGGCUAAGGCGACCAAGAAAACACAAACUCCGCCGGCUUCUAGCACAGUUGUUCAGCAACCGACCUCAAGCGCCAAAGGGAGAAAACACGCGAAGACAUCCUGUCAACCCAAGUCCAGAGCCAGUGGCAAGGUGACCAAAACAACCAUGAAGAUAAAAAGACACCCUCAAAGGAGCUUGACAAAAAAAGCCUCUCCUAAAACUUCCACCCCUUCGAGGAAAGAUAAGAAAUCGAGACAGUCAAAACCCUUUGGCCACUACCAUAGACUGAACGAAGUGCUGAAUCGCAAUGGGCCAGCAUACCAAGAGAAACCCACCACUUCUCGUGCGUACCUGGGCAACGAGUAACUCCAGAUGGAGGCCAGAGACCUCAGCGCUACCUGCUAAGUCUCUGAGGUCCUGCCCUGAGAAAUGGUAGACCUCGAAUUUUACACCAAUGGGGCAUACCAUUCAUGAAAAUUAAAAUAAAACCAACCUGUUACAAAAAUU